ACAGUAAGCCGCCGACCUUCGUACUGUCUGUAUCGCGCGUACGUGAAACGUCAGUUUUUGGUGAAUGUACAGUUACGAAUUUAUUAUCACUGUUUUCCUAGCUGUUGGUGCUUAUUUUUCUCAUCGGAGAAACCAUCCGCGAUAACUUUAAUUGCUUUUUCGACCGUAACAUCGUGAUGGUGUCGGUCGAUGACGCAACAACGCGACGCUUUUGAAAACACACCGUAGUCCCACGAUGCCUUGCGAGUAACGUAAACGGUGUAACGAGAAAACGCGUUCGGACACGUCUAUGAUUUUUCUCGAAAUCUGUUAGCGUCCGUUCGGAGUGGUGGCAAAGUUCGUCGAAGAGAGAUCGCGAGAAGAGAAUGACUUUUGUGGAAGGUGACUGAACGGUUAAGCGGUUGGUUUAUCGGUUGACACGAGAAAGACGAGCGCGACGAGUGGUAUUUGAAAUCCCGAGUAAACACGCAGACUCCCAAGCAGGACGAAGAGUUUCUGUUUGACGACAAAUAUCAGAGUGGAUCGGUUAAGCUUACCCGUUCGUACUCGAACGGGAGUCUUCGUGUACCUCUUUGAAGGUUAACUCAGCGCCGACCGGGCGAGGGAAAGAUCGUUUCUCUCUUUCGUGGAAAAAGCUGCCGCGAACCGUGGCGACAUAACCUUCUCGUGGAUCCGGUCAUGGCGGUUCUUUCGUUCGAAAAGUGCGGACUGUGAAGCGUUCUCAUCGAACUUGGUGAUUACUUCGGUAUCGUGUCGCGAAUAUUGAAAAUGACACCGACGGAAUAUAGCCUGCUGAUCGUUCUGUCCGUGAUGACUGCGAUCUGUCGAGCGAACGAACUGAAGGACUAUUGUUCGAUUCACAAAUUCGACAAUCUACCUGGCGGCUUGAGGUUCACGAAGGAAGUGGUGACGACCGAGUACGGAAACAUCGGUGCGUUCAAAGCCCUCCAUUGCUGUCUACGAGGAUACAGGAGCAUCGAAUGGUACAAGGACAACAGGGCUUAUCCUUGGCCAGGUGGCGAGAGUCACUUCAUCCUGUAUCCAGAGAGCGCGAAUCAGACGAUUUACACGCAAAAGGUGAGAGCAUCGGACGCGGGACGAUAUUCCUGUCGAGCAAGGAACGACACGACCAUCCUCGAAGGAGAUAUCACCCUGGUCGUGCUUGGAGAGAAGUCCGGCGGAUAUACGGGUAAACCACUGCCGACGUACAAGCCAACAUCGCAAUUGGUUCCCCUGGGAGGUGCAGCGAGAUUGUUUUGCGAAGCUUACCUGGGAAAGGUCGAGCUUCCGGAUGCGAAAAAUUCGGUGACCUGGUCGAAAAGCGACAGCAACGCGACCUUACCGAGUCAAGGGAGGAUCGCCCAGCACAGAGUGUCCAGGGAAAACAAUCAGAUCAUCGGUUCUUACUUGGAAAUCGAAGACAUAACUCUGGAGGAUUACGGGGAGUACAAGUGCGAAGUGAGCAACGGCGUGGACGAGGAGAUCACUUUAACCGCUCACAUUUAUCGACAAGAACCACAGUUCGCGCUAGGACUUCAGAAUGGAUCUUGGAGGAAGUCGUUCCUGGUCGGCGUGUUGGUGCUGGUUCUGCUGAUCUCAGCCGGUGCCUUUUACGCUCGUUGCUGGCUACCGUUGCUUCUGCUUUGUCGCGACAAAUUCGCCCCCCUCGAGGAGAAUGACGGCAAGGAAUGCGACGCUUUGGUGUGCUACCACGAGAAGGAUUCCAACCUGGUCAUCGGAAUAGUGAUACCUACCCUGGAGUCGAGACAUCGAUACAAGUGCACGUCGCUUGAGCUUUCUCAGCUCAAUCAGAAUUGGGGUUUGGAGAUUGGACCACACGCCGCUUCAAGCCGAAGGGUCAUAGUCGUCUUGAGCCCGUCCUCUUUGGGAAACACGUGGACCGAGAGCAGCGUAGGUGCUGUUCUCAAACAAUUAUCGUCGCUCACUACGCGAACGAUAGUAAUCGCUACGAAAGAACUACCAAAUGCAACCACGAUCGCGAAACGAUCGAAUCGGGGUUGCAAUGAUGCUGGUGAGCUGUCGCUCGAUCACUUGAAGAUUCUUAAGUGGGACGAGAACACCAGCCCUGUAUCGGGUGGGCAAAAAUUCUGGUAUAAGCUUCGAUUAGCGAUGCCGCCUGUACGACCGAUCAAUUCCGACAGUGCCUGCCAAUCGGUCGCCAUGAUUGUUCAAGCUAAUGGAAAAUGUGGACAACAGAAGGCACGUUCGCGAGAAAGUCUCGAGGUUCUCGUUUAAUUCGCGAGAAAACCGCAAGAAAAAGAACAAGAUUCGAAGAGAAAGAAAGAGUUUCGCAGAACAAUUGACUUGUUUCUACUUUCACUAAUUUUCGCGUUCCUCUUUUGCGUCCACGUAAGGUAACAUGGUGUGAAAAUAGCUCGAGAGAUGCUGAUCUCGAAGAACUCUCGUUGCUUUUCAAAAUUUUGUGAUGUUUUAUAGGUGCGGUACGUUUUACGCGUUCAAAUUCAAACGUUUCUCGCGCUUCUACUAUCGCGAUGUUUAAACAUAGCUGAUCGAGUUCGAUAAUCGAAUGCGCGAUCUGCCGGUUCGAGAAUCGCGCAUGUACAGUGUCAUGGCCGCCGACCUACGCCAUCGUUCAAAGCCGCGUGAAAUUUUUUGCUUCUGUCGACUUCAUUACCCGCGAAAUGCGAUUUUAUACGGUAAAUUGUGUUUUUCUGUUUAUCUUGGCGAUCGAGUUUCAACCAGUCUUGCAUCGAAACAGGUGUAUAGAGAUGGAAGUGAACGAAAACAGAUUCGACGUGUAACUUCAGUUGAACAUCAACACGUUUGAGGUAUAAAAUUCGAUUGAUAUUUUAGCGCCUGUUUUAAUACGAAUGCGAUAUUCAGUGGUUUUUUUUAUUAAUUCUCGAAAGGCUCGAUACAAAUUAUAAAGGUACGAAACAAUGCUUAGAUGCGUAUAAAGUUUGAGCCAGUUAUUGACGAACCGCCAUCGUGCGACGAAACACUUGUGAAAAAUUUGUCUAUUUGUAACAUAAUUAAAUGUGAGCGACAUCAAUUCCGUUUCCUCGUCGAAUCUCGCAAGAUCGUACUCGCAAACGUCUUUUCAACGACACCGAUCGUUCCUCGUAAACUCGUACUUUUCCAGGCUGUCACAAAACCGCAACUCCUAUUAUUUUACACGUUACGUUAUAGUAAAACGAAGAAAUAAGUUGUUUCUAGUGAUUUUAGUAAUUAAGAUUGCGUCAAAAGUUUUAUUCGCGCUGAGUGCAACUUUUGGGACAGCCUGUACAACAUUACCGACCGUCGGUAACAAACGGAACGAUCGCGUCAACCGGUGUUCCAGAGCAUUCUUUUUUCUCGUGGCAGCUAAUCUCGAUUUCAAUUUUAUUUAACCAAAAAUAUCCUCUUUUCCCAUCGCACCGUACCAAUAUUUUUAUGCGAAAUUCGAAGAAUGGGGAAACGGUUAAUGCGCAGUCUUCCUUCUCGCGAGCACGGCGUUUCGAGCGCAACGAAACAACGAUCAGAGUCUCGUUACUCGUUGCCAGUGUUACGUAAUCGAUCGUUGCAAGCGAGUUUCUUUUCUCUAUUUGUAUAUAUCGGAUAGAUCGGUGCUCUAUCGUCCUUAUUUAUUUAGCUAGCCGUAUUAUUUAUACCGUUUUUUUUUUUUAGAUUUUUACAUUCAGCCUUUUUUCUUUUUUGUCGAAUGGGUUCGGCGCACGAGUAUCAUGCACUUACGUUACCGGGCACACUUUUCUAAGCAAACUAUCACGCUAGAUUUUAUUAGGGAUUUGAAAGCGCAUGCAAAAUGAAUAACAAACGUAAUGUUUUAUACUGUUUUGUAUAUACGUGUAAAGGGAAAAAAUGGAUAUAUAUACAUAUCUGUGCGUAUUAUAUAAUAUGUAUAUAUAUAUGUAUAUCAGUUUUUGUACCGUUCUUUGAAAGGUGUGCUUAUCAGUCCAUCGAAUACCAGAGACUUAGAAAAAUGUAUCUGGCGAACGUAAUCCCGAUAAAAAUCCUGUAAUUGUAAUUCUAAUCGUAGCGUGUAACGAUUAUCUGUAACAAUAUUGUAGCCUAACUGUUAUAUCCGCGUGUAAUUGUACUUUAGGUGUUACAGACCGAUCUGCAACGCGCGCGUUGAGCUUAAUUUUUAACGUCAUAUAUAGUAAUCUCUCUUUACUGUCAGUAUUACGAUACACUAGUGUACUUGUCUCGCGAUAAUGUGUUUUGGGCGAUACUCUAGUGCCCCGGGCAAUUGUUGCGAGCCGAGUAAGCAGAGUAUAGACAUAUUAGGAGGUAUACUUGUUUCUUUAACGAUAGUGUACAACAGUGUACGAGGUUUCUUUCUUUCAUUUUAUACUUUGUAUAUGUAUAGUCGUGAAUACAAAACUAUGUACGGUUGGUUAGCAUUUCUCGCGAAGCGAAAUGUACAAAAAAAAAAAAAUAAG